UGAAGGCGGGAAAAAUCCCAUUUUGACGAUUAUGAGAGGCCCCACCGGACGCCGCCCUCCGACGGAGCGCUUUGUCCCCGACCACCGCUUCACCACUCCAACACCUGUAGAUCCAUGGCAGUUCAACGGGGGCGGUGGGGGAGGAAACCGCCGAGAUUCGGACGCUAGUUUCUGCAGUAGCCGUCCCUCUUCUUCCUUCUCUGCUGGCGCCAAUAACCACCGUUCGGCCACCGCCGUCUCAAUUACCGACCGAUCCUACCAAAGCCACGCUGUUUCUACCAUCAACUCCUACCUCUCCGCAUGUUCCUUCCCGAUCUCUUUCAAACUUAAACCUCUUCCGUCUAACAAAGACAUCACCGAAACCCUAAAAUUCGUUCUCACGCGCCUUGAAUAUCCGCCUAGUAAUAAGUUCGAAGACGAUUUGUUCAUAGUUCUGAAAUACUCGAAUUGCCCGAUCAAGAUGAACAAGUCAGCCUUGAAAGCGCCUGGAACACCUCACUCAUUUCCUAGUGUUUUAGCCGUGCUUCAUUGGCUUGUACAGAUUGCAAUGUAUAACGAACACCUUGUAAAUUCCACUCAAUCACAGUCGAUUUCUGGAGAUAGUAUGUUCUCUUAUACCCUGAAUACCUACCUGCAUUACAUAAGGGGAGAUGAUGAUGCAGUGGAAAGGGAAGAUGACAAUUUCAUGGAGAAGUUACAACAGGAAAAAAGUUCCAUGGAGGAGAAUGUAAAGGUCAAAUCAGAAAUUGCUAAGGAUUUGGAGGCAAAACUGGAGGCUAUGAAGUCUGGGCCAUCGCCGAGGGAAGCAAAGGAGGAGGAAAAGACUAUGUUAGAAAAGGAUAUCAAGAAGUUCAAUGAAUUGAUUGAGCAGUUGCGUGCACAUGAGGUGAAUGUGGAGAAGCUAAUAGAAGAAAAAGAGAAGGAAUUGGGGAUAAAAAUUGAGGAGAAGAAUAGGAUCUGUCAGGAGAAUGAGGAAUUAAAGAAGAAAGUGGAGGAGCAGGCUAUCAAUAUGAGGGAUGCAGAUCGGAUGAAGAGGGAGUUACAAUCGGUGGAGAGAGAUAUAGGAGAGGCUGAGAUUGCGAGGAACAAAUGGGAGGAGAAGUGUUGGGAUCUUAAUGCUCUCAUCGGGACAAAGUUUAAGGAGCUGGAGGCACUUCAGAUUGAAUGCAACCAGGCUCUCCGGAGGUUGAAACUAGGAAAUGAUUUUCAGUAUGAGUUGAAUGCCAAAGGUUCAACACCUGCUGAGGUGCUUGGCAUGGAUUAUAAAUCAACACUGAAGCCUGCACUCAGUUCCUCCAGUGAUGAAGUAAAGAGAACUUCAAUGGAAAAUCUGGAAAGUUUGAUAUCUCUUCAGCAACUAUCCCAUGACAUUACUGCAAAGAUUGAUGCAAAAAGAAAUCGUAUUGCUGUACUUCAAUCACGGAUUGAUGAAAUGGAAAGUCACUUAAGCGUGAUAAAGAAUGAAACACAAGAUUACACGUCCAGGUGCGCCAUGGAGGCUAGGCAGUUGGUUCAGAACUUCGAAGCCGAGUCUCAUAAUAUGGAUGUUGUUGAAAAAGAAGCUCUUGAACUUGUUGAGAACUCGAAAGCAAGGCUGCAGGAGACAAAGAAGAGAAGCGAAGAAGAGGUGGAGAUGUGCGGUGUGGAGCUGUUGGCACUGAUAGAUUCAGUGUCAAAGUACAAAGAGCUGAUUCGUAUCAAAAUAUCCGAGAUGAAAAGAGAGGUGUCGGAAACUGCUGGUGCAAUUGCACAAAUUCACAAGGCAUCCAUAACUUCGAAUCUGAAAACUUGAUCGAUCAUUUGUAGGUAGUGAUGUCAACGGUUUGAACAUUUAACAAGUUGUUGGAGCUCGAACUUAGUAAUUCUUGAUCACUUAGUUAUUUUCAAACAUGAAUAUCAUGUAAUGAACUACACAAUAAUCCAACUCCUAACCGUUGGUGG